UCCUCCCAACUAAAAGGUAUGACUCAUAAGAGGAGAAAAAUAAAUGAGGUAAGCUGCUGUAGGUAACUUCCUUAUACCAAAUGGAGUCUGUUUUCAUGCAAUUCUAUGUUAAAACUAUUUUUGAAAAGGAAAGGGAGAUGGUUUCUGAGAUAAUUUCAUGAUGUGCUAAUUCUGGAUUGAGUCAGAAAGAAGCUAAAGUCAGAUCUUUUAUAGAAAAUUAACUGUUGAGGUGUACUUAGCUUAUGAUAAAAUACACAGAUUUUAAGGGUGCAGCUUGAUGAGCUUUUAUUUGAAAUCACCAUUGCAAUCAAGAUAUUUGACUGAUACUUUACCUUUUUCCAGAAAGGUCCUUUUAUGCCCCAUUCCCCUGCUCACAUAUCUAGAAACUAAUAAUUACAUUUCUAUUUCCAUAGAUUAAUAUGAAGUAUCCUAGAACUUCAUACAAAUUAAAACAUAAACUACUCCAUUUGGUCUGGCUUCUUUGUCUCAUAAUUUCUUUGAAAUUCAACCAUGAUCUUGCAUGUUUCAGAAGUUUGUUCAUGUUAUAACAGAGGAGUAUUUCAAUGAAUGAAUAUAUCAGUUUGUUUAUCCAUUCACCUAUCAAGGACUGGUUCUUGGUUUCCAGAUUGUAGAAUACAUUUAUGAAUAAUACUGCUAUGAACAUUCAUAGACAAGACUAUGUGGUAAGUUCCUAGGACUGGAAUUGCUGGAUCAUAGCGUAGGUAUAUGUUUAACUUGAUAAGAAAUUAUAGUUACACACCCUAAUUUUUCUCAUAACAUUUUACUCUCCAGUCCAUCCAUUACCCUCAACUCCAUUUGAUUUCCAUAACCUCUAAGUCUAUCCUCAAAAUUCUUUUAAGAAGUUUCUACUUUCCUUAUCAUUGUAUACGCUUCCCUCUUUUAAUUACAUGUUGAAUCCUUCCCUCAUUUAGGUUUGAGAAAAAUGUCCUUAAGUGUCAUAAACUUGCAUCAAACCCACUUACUCAUCAAAUCCCACUUAUGACUUCCCUUAGAGGACAAGGGACAUUUCAGCUCAGUUAUACACUGCUAUUCUCAAUUCCUGCCAUUUUUUUCUCUUCCUUUGCCCCCUGGCCUAGGUCUCCAGCUCACUGAAAACAGCCUCCCCUGAUGAGCACACCAUUGUUAUGUAAUAGCCUAACCCUUACCUCUCACCUAUCAGGGGGUGCCAAGCCUGCAGACUCACUCUGCUUUCCUCAUAACUGCCCUGAGGAGAAGGCUGAAGACUGAGGAGUCCUCUUCCUGCCUCCCAUUUGACUGCCUUUUCUUUGGUCAAAGGCUUCCUUAUUCAUGGGACCUGCCUGGGUCCAGGACCCCUUGACAGGUGCUCUCUGGCUGCCUGUCCUCUGGGCACUCUUGUCCCAGGUCUAUUGUUUUCAUGACCCACCAGGAUGGCGCUUCACUUCCUCAGAAAUUGUGAUCCCCAAGAAAGUGCCUCACAAGAGGGGUGGAAUUGAGAUGCCAGAGCAGCUCUCUUACAGCAUGCGUUUCCGGGGCCGAAGACACGUGAUUUACAUGAAGCUCAAGAAGAACAUGAUGCCCAGACAUUUACCUGUUUUUACUGAUAAUGACCAAGGGGCCAUGCAGGAGAACUACCCUUUUGUCCCACAAGACUGUUACUAUGACUGCUACCUGGAAGGGGUUCCUGGGUCUGUGGCCACAUUGGACAUCUGCCGUGGAGGUCUGCAUGGCAUGCUGCAGGUGGAUGACUUGACUUACGAAAUCAAACCCCUGGAGGCUUCUUCCAAAUUUGAGCAUGUAGUAUCUCUGCUUGUGUCAGAAGAAAGACCAGGAGAGGUUAGUAGAUGUAAGACCGAAGGGGAAGAGAUAGAUCAAGAAUCUGAAAAGGUAAAACUGGCUGAAACUGCCAGAGCAGGCCACGUUUAUUUGUGGAGGCAUCAUAGAAAAAACUUGAAACUUCACUACACGGUUACCCAUGGAUUAUUCAUGCGCAACCCUAAUAUGUCACACGUAAUAGAGAAUGUAGUGAUUAUUAACAGCAUCAUACAUACCAUUUUCAAACCAGUUUAUUUAAAUGUCUAUGUACGUCUUUUGUGCAUAUGGAAUCAAAAGGAUGCAGUAAAAUUAAUUGGCAGGCCAGGCCACGUUGCUGUAGAUCAGUUUGGUUUGUGGAAAUAUUACACGGUGUAUCAAAAAAUUUCACAUGAUACCUCAGUUGUUUUUACAUCAGCUCGACUUGAAGACAGUGAGUGUUAUGCCAACUUUGAUGGAAUAUGCAACCCCAACUGGGGAGCAAUGUUUGUGUAUUUAAUGAGGUAUCACCUAUUUAGGGGGGCAUGUGUUACAGCACAUGCACUAGGUCAUAACAUGGGCUUGAGACAUGAUUCUGUUGGUUGUUAUUGUUUUCGACGAACCAACUGUCUCAUGGCUCCUGUUCCUGAUCUUAAUGAUAUGAUGAGCAAUUGUUCUUAUGAGGUAAUUCAACACAAGUUUAAUCAAUGGGAUCCUUGUCUGAGUCCUCCAAAUGUUCCAUACACUAAUUUUCCAUACGUAGCUCCUCGUUGUGGAGACAAGAUCAAAAAUCAGAGGGAAGAAUGUGACUGUGGCUCCCUUAAAGACUGCGCCAGUGAUAGAUGUUGUGAGACCUCUUGUACCCUUUCUCUUGGCAGUGUUUGCAAUACAGGACUUUGCUGCCAUAAGUGUAAAUAUGCUGCCCCUGGAGUGGUUUGCAGAGACUUGGGUGGUAUAUGUGAUCUACCGGAAUACUGUGAUGGGAAAAAGGAAGAGUGUCCAAAUGACGUCUACAUCCAGGAUGGGACCCCAUGUUCAGCAGUAUCUGUUUGUAUAAGAGGAAACUGCAGUGACCGUGAUAUGCAGUGUCAAGCCCUUUUUGGCUACCAAGUGAAAGACGGUUCCCCAGCGUGCUAUCAAAAAUUGAAUAGGAUUGGUAACUGAUUUGGAAACUGUGGGGUUAUUCUUCGGUGAGGGGGAAGUAGACCUUUUCCAUGUGAAGAAGAUGAUGUUUUUUGUGGAAUGUUGCACUGUAGCGGUGUCAGCCACAUUCCCGGUGGAGGUGAGCACACUACAUUUCGUAAUAUAUUAGUAUAUGACAUAAAAGAAGAAAAAUGCUUUGGCUAUGAAGCACACCAGGGGACAGACUUGCCAGAAAUGGGGCUGGUAGUGGAUGGUGCAACCUGUGGCCCAGGGAGCUACUGUCUUAAACACAAUUGUACUUUUUAUCAAGACCUGCAUUUUGAGUGUGAUCUUAAAACAUGCAAUUACAAAGGAGUAUGUAACAACAAAAAACAUUGUCACUGUCUGUAUGGGUGGCAACCACCAGCAUGUGAACUGAGAGGAAAAGGGGGUAGUAUAGAUAGUGGACCUCCACCUGACAAGCAAUAUCGUAUUGCAGGCAGCACACUUGUAAAUACAAACCGAGCACUAGUUUUAAUGUGUAUUCGUUACAUCCUUUUUGUGGUUUCGCUUCUCUUUGGUGGCUUUUCACAAGCAAUACAAUUUUAGGGAAGAGAAAGAGAAAGAGCCCACACAAUGGAGUAAAUUACAUUGACACUUACUGGGAGAUAUAAUCAAUAGUCACUCUGACAAUUACAUCAUCUUUUAGCAAUUCUGAUGUCAUCUUGAAAUAAAAUCACUUGGCAAUUUAAAAA